AUGCAUCCAGCGACCAUCCAUUUUCAGAUUCUUUCUUCGGAUGAACCGCUUUUUCACGAGCAAUCGCUUUUUGGCGAGGAAUUCAAAGUGGGCAGAGAUUAUUUCGUUUUUCGAACAAGAUCUGUUGCUGUUGCUUAUCUUGGUUUUCGAUUGGAACUUUUUUUAAAUGAUUGCGAUAAUCUCAAUUCUCUUAAACGUUUUGCUGUAGCCUACGCAAUGCCGAAUGCUUUUCCUGGUGAUUAUGGUGUCGCAUCAGUUAAUAUGAUGUCAAAACAUGAUCGUCCUAUAGGCCUUUUAAGAGUCGAUUAUCUGUUCAUGAAUCCUUUGCUUAAAGACGUUCAACUUUCAAUGGCAGUAAGAACUUUCUCGAGACACUGGAAAAAGCGCCAAGCCCUUGAAGUUGGCCAUAGAGGAAUGGGUAAUUCAUAUACAAAAAUGGCAGCAGGACGAGAAAACACCAUAUCAUCAUUGAAUUCAGCAGCCAGCAAAGGAGCUGAUUAUGUGGAAUUCGAUGUACAGUUAUCGAAAGAUAAAAUCGCUGUCAUUUUCCAUGAUUUUCACGUUCUCGUUACUGUAGCGAAGCGAGAUCUUCCAGUUUUUCAAGCAAACGAUUCAGCCAACGAUUUGUCAAGCAAUUUUCAUGAAAUGGCUGUCAAAGAUUUAAAAUUAAAACAGCUUCAACUCCUUCGUGUUUCUUUCCAUUUGUUUUGCUUAAUUAUCUUUAUUAUUUAUAUAGAAAAAUUUUGCUCUAACUCUAACUCUUCAGAUCAUUUCCAUUUAUUUCCAUUUCAGUUGGAGCAUCGGAAUGUUAGCUUAAUUCUUUGCCGAAACGAUUCUCUACCGAAGGGCUCAUUAAGAUUAACAGCAGAAGCCGAUGAAGCUGCUGAAAAUCAUCCAUUUCCUACUUUAGUGGAAGCACUUCAACGCGUCGAUCCAUCAGUUGGAUUUAAUAUUGAAAUCAAAUAUCCUAUGAUGCAAAGGAAUGGCGAACACGAAUGUGAAAAUUAUUUUAAACAUAAUGAAUAUAUUGAUAUUAUAUUGAGCGAUGUUUUUAAAUACGCAGGUGAUCGACGCAUUUUAUUUUCAUCUUUCGAUCCUGAUAUUUGCGCAUUAAUAAAUGCCAAACAGCAACAAUACCCUGUGCUUUUUUUGUGUCUUGGUUUAACAACACGAUAUGAACCAUUUGUUGAUCUUCGAGCCUCAAGUUCAAAUUCUGCUGUGAAUUUUGCUGCUAGUCUAGGCAUCCUGGGUGUAAACUUUAAUUCCGAAGAUCUUUUACGUGACCCAUCACCGAUCGAACGUGCCCGACAUUUUGGACUUGUUUCGUUUGUUUGGGGCGAUGAUCUUAAUUGCAAGGAACGCAUUGAUUAUUUUAAGAAAGUAUUACUCGUAGAUGGCGUCAUUUAUGAUAGGAUCGGCGAAAUAUGUGGUGAACGGCGUAACGUAUUUUUAAUUGAACGUGAAGCCAAAACAUCACUUUUCAAGCAAGGUGUUUCUCCAACUAGUUUGGAUGAUACACCUUCAUCACCUACUAUUUCUGAAAAAUCAGUUUCUUCCUAUUCAUCGACUGUUUCGUCAAUUUCGCCUUAUCGUGAAAACGGUUACUUGAAUAAAUGA